CUCUUACGACCCCUAUUAAUUCGAUCAUUACGUGAGCUUUUUAAAUUUGAUUUUACCAAAAAGCUUUGUCACUGCACAUUGUCCGUUUCUUUAAGAACUGUGAUCGACAAUAUUCUCUCGGAGAUUCCAGAGGCCUUGAAACCCAAGAUGGGUCAACACUCAGAGGAUAUGUUGUCCAACCAGAUGCUUUGCGGCAUUCCUGAGGUUGACCUCGGUGUGGAGUCCAAGAUGCGAAACAUCGAGGCUACGGAGGAGGCUAAACAGCGGCUGUUGAAAGAGCGUCUCACCCAGCGCCAGAAAAAAUCCACAGACGACCUGGCUCCUUUCAACAUGUCUGUCAACUUUGUCCAGCAUAGUCGAUGGAGUAAGUCUCUUCUUGGUUAUGCCUUAUCAGUAGCGUUUAUUUUUCAAGUUUAG